GGAUUGAUAAGGGCACAGAACCUUAGAUUUGCUCUUCCGACAAACCACCCCGCACUCGAGUUCAUACAGACUGUUCCUAACAUCGGCGACAUCGAGCCAAACACAACCCUUAUUGUUCCGGUGAACGUGUUUGAGAAAUCUCGGCAGAAAAGAAACUUACUAUUGUGCUUGGUUUUUGGAUUAAAAUUGUUUUGGGACUAUUAUUGUGGUGUUCUCAGAACUAAUGAUAUAGAAAUUAUGCUACAGCGCCGAGAAGAAAUGUCUCGCAUUCCUACAAAUAUUUGUGGAAGCGGUGGGCCAGGUAUAAGAAACGAUAAAGGUAUAAUAGUAAGUUCAGGGCCUGGUGGAAAAUCCACUGUUUCUACGAGCGUACGUAAAUAUGAGGCAGUAACGCCUAUGUCAUGUGAUUGUGCCAAGAAAUUGAUUCUGGACUGCCUCCUACCGAUGGUGCCACAUUUUGGACCAUUUUAUGGACCUAUACGUAAAGCAUACACGUCGGGUGUAUUAAGUGCUGUUAGUAUUCGUUAUAGAUGUAC